UACAGUACAACGUUUGUAGUGAGCUCCGUAGGUUGAGCUCUCUCUCUCUCCUUGGCGUACGGAGCAAGGAAGGCUCGUGGUUUCUUUCUAGGCAAAAGCGUAGAAAGAGAGGGAGACACUGAGGUUUGAUUGGCGGAGGAAUUCAUAGCCAGGAAACGGAUCGAAUUUCAGAGGGGAGUGAUACCCACUGAAGUGAGGGAGGAGGGGGUUGUGUGUGUGUGAGGACGUAAGGAGCAGAACAAAUCUUCUAAAACCUGACAAAGCGUCUGAGGACAGUACUACUAUGAUUGUCGGGGAAGAAGACGUUCUGCCGUGAGAGAUCAUAAAUUGAUGGAUUCUUCAUUUUGGAAUUUAUAUAUACUUUUUACGCAUUACUUCUUCAUAAACUACAUAGGCCCUUCGUUUGGAUGAAGAGGGCGCUCGCGGUGGAACACUGACGUGUUUUGAGUUGAAGAAACUGUAUGAACUUGCUGAAUAAGAAAAGUUUUGGAGACGUAACGUUAGCUAGCUAAGUAUUUCAAGGAUAUGCAUUUCAAUUCAACAUUUUUCAAGUGCAAUGGAACACCAGUAAUUUCGGGAUUUAAGAGUCUCUCCAGUCAUUUGAGUUGUUGCUCGUCGGAUUUGGGGGUAAUAAAAAAUCGCUUCUUGGCAUUUUUGGUAAUGUGAAGAGAAUUCGCUCCGUGAGGACUAUAGGGUACACGCCUCCUGCCUUUUCCGUGCAUGCGACUCGGAGGUCUUUCAGACUUCGUAGUUAUUCGUGCCUUUCCUCAGCCCAGGUGAUUGGGGGAAUUCACAGUGAGUGACAGGCCAUACAGCCUGCAGUUCAUGAUUGGGUGGAGCCCUUCAGAUGGGAUCAGUGUCCAGGGGGAGGCGGAGCCUGAGGAGGGGGGGAUGGGGGGGAGACUUGCCCUCCACUAACAGGAUGGCUUCGUGGGCCUGGCUGCUCACCGCCGUCCUGCUGUCCCUAGUGAUGGCUACUGUGGCGAGGCCACCGUACACUGUCGCCGAGGAAGAGGAGGCUACGCUAGAACCUGAAGAGCCUCCGACCAAAUACCAAAUCUCUAAGCCCACCGUGUGCUCGGUGCACCCGGGGGAAUUGCUGAAGCUCAACUGCCAUCUGCCCGGGGAGGUGGGGACCAUCACCUGGACUAAGGAUGGUUCCUCUCUGGGGGUCAACAACCGCACCCUGAUAGAGCGGGAGGUGCUGCAGAUCAGCGACGCCUCACCCAAGGAUUCGGGCCUGUACGCUUGCAGCACCGUGGGCCCUCAGGGCAGCGACACACUCUGCUUCAUAGUGAACGUCACAGAUGCCAUCUCGUCUGGGGACGAUGAGGACGACACAGAGCGAUCGGAGGACGUAGGGGUGGACGGAGAGCAGAUAAGGGCGCCCUAUUGGACAUUGCUGGAGAAGAUGGAGAAGAGGCUACAUGCUGUACCUGCUGCCAACACAGUCAAGUUUCGCUGUGCUGCCGGGGGCAACCCACGUCCUAAGAUGCGCUGGCUGAAGAACAGCCGACCAUUCCGACAGGAGGACCGCAUGGGCGGGUACAAGGUGCGUCACCAGCACUGGACCCUGAUCAUGGAGAGUGUGGUGCCAUCCGACAAGGGCAACUACACCUGCCUGGUGGAGAACGCAUAUGGCACCAUCAACCACACCUACACCCUGGAUGUAGUGGAACGGUCCCCUCAUAGGCCCAUUCUCCAGGCAGGGCUGCCAGCCAACACCAGUGUGCAUGUAGGGGAGGAUGCACGCUUCGUGUGUAAGGUGUACAGUGAUGCUCAGCCCCACAUCCAGUGGCUGCAGCACAUCCAGAAGAAUGGUAGUCGCACCGGCCCAGACGGACACCCCUACGUCCGUGUACUGAAGCGCUCAGGCAUCAAUAGCUCGGACGUGGAGGUGCUCACGCUCACCAACGUGACCGAGGAGGAUGCCGGAGAGUAUACCUGUAAAGUCUCCAAUUAUAUAGGGGAGGUCAACCAGUCGGGCUGGCUGUCGGUCAUCCCAGCCAAUAAGGAAGAGACAGUGACGGGUCUGACAUCACCUGACUACGUGGAGAUAGCCAUCUACUGCAUCGGGGUGUUCCUGAUCGCCUGUAUGGUGGUCAUCGUGGUGGUGUGCCGGAUGAGGAAUACGGCUAAGAAGCCUGACUUCGGGAACCAGCCAGCAGUCCACAAACUCAGCAAGCAGAUACCUCUGCGUCGCCAGGUGUCAAAUGACUCCAGCUCCUCGAUGAACUCCAGCACCCCAUUGGUCCGCAUCACCACACGACGCAGCUCGGCCGGCCAUGACGACCCCAUCCCAGAGUACGACCUCCCAGAGGACCCACGCUGGGAGUUUUCCAGAGACAGGUUGACUCUGGGCAAGCCGCUGGGCGAGGGCUGCUUUGGCCAGGUGGUGAUGGCCGAAGCAUUGGGCAUUGAUAAGGACAAGCCCAAGGAGGCCGUCACAGUGGCUGUGAAGAUGCUGAAAGACGAUGCUACAGAGAAGGACCUGUCUGAUCUGGUGUCAGAGAUGGAGAUGAUGAAGAUGAUCGGUAAACACAAGAACAUCAUCAACCUGCUAGGGGCCUGUACACAAGAUGGCCCUCUAUAUGUGAUAGUGGAGUAUGCCUCUAAAGGGAACCUGAGGGAGUACCUACGUGCCCGCAGGCCCCCUGGCAUGGAGUACUCCUACGAUAUUACCCGCUGCUCAGAUGAACAGCUCACCUUCAAGGACUUGGUCUCCUGUACCUACCAGGUGGCACGSGGCAUGGAAUAUCUGGCCUCACAGAAGUGUAUACAUAGAGAUCUAGCAGCGAGGAACGUCCUGGUCACAGAGAGCAACUUCAUGAAGAUUGCUGACUUUGGCCUGGCCAGGGACGUCCACAACAUCGAUUACUAUAAAAAGACAACUAACGGUCGUCUCCCGGUGAAGUGGAUGGCUCCAGAGGCGCUGUUUGACCGUGUGUACACUCACCAGAGUGAUGUCUGGUCAUUGGUGCUGAUGUGGGAGAUCUUCACCCUGGGGGGUUCUCCGUACCCUGAUCCCGUCGAGGAGCUGUUCAAGCUGUUGAAAGAGGGCCAUCGUAUGGACAAGCCUGGCAACUGCACCAAUGAGCUGUACAUGAUGAUGAAAGACUGUUGGCAUGCCAUUUCCUCCCAUCGGCCCACCUUCAAGCAGUUGGUGGAGGAUCUAGACCGUAUCCUGACCCUGGUCACCAAUGAGGAGUAUCUGGACCUGUGUGCCCCAGCAGAGCAGUAUUCUCCCAGCUUCCAGGACACACACAGCUCCUGUUCCUCCGGUGACGACUCCGUGUUCUCCCAUGACCCCCUGCCAGACCAGCCCUGCCUCCCCAAGUACCAGCACAUCAAUGGAGGCAUCAAAACAUGAGCCCUCCCCUCCUCAAUCCCCCCCCACCAACA